GUUUUCGAACUCCUGGGCUGAAACGAUCCUCCCACCUCCGCCUCCCAAAAUUCUGGGACUGCAGGCACACUCCACCAGUCUUGGUAGAGACGCGGAAAGCAAGAUUCCAGGAGGGGGUGGAAUGGCGGUUUCCAAAUCUUUGUUCCUCCCAAUAAUCCGGAGGGCACAGACAGGCCAUACAAGUGGCAAGCGGGCCUUGGAACCAGGUUUUGACUCCUUUAUCACUGUGGCCGUCCACUUGGGAGCCGAUUUAUCACAGCCGUGGCCCAGCUUAGAAGAAGUCUGGUUUCUGUAAGAGGAUUCACCACUCACUAUCACUCCUGUGAUCUGGGAGAAACCAAAAAUGAUGAUGACUGGAAUCGUUUGGUCAGUGCAGGUGUCUGGAAACAUUGCUGCUAGAUUCAAUCAGUUAGGUCAGUCUGAAAAUACGGAGUCAAGUCAGAGUUUCAGGACACGGCGAGCCAUGGGCGGGGCAGUGCCUUUCAAAGCUGCUCUGACGGAGCGCUUAGCCCUCAUCCAGCCCUCCAGGGAGCUGGUGCAGAGAAUCAUAGCAGAGCACCCCCCACACCUGACCCCCGGCAUAAGGUAAGAGGAGCCCCUGCUCCAGGUGUAUUUCAGCACCAGUGUUGGGGGACACAUUCUCCUGAGAGCAUCUAACUAUUCCUUUAGAGCGCCCUCUGGGUGGUUUAUUUUCAUUUUUAUUUUUUAAUUUUAUUAUUAUUUUUAAAAUAUUUAUUUAUUUAUC